AUGUCCACUAUGCCUUCCAGCACGUCGUGUGCUUGUCUCCUUUUACUCGGGUGGUUGCGCCUUCCAUCAAACACAAGCCAGUCAAUGUCGGCAAGGAAUAUACGAAGUCUUAUUGUAUUGGUCGGAAUCUCAUCGCCCUUGUUUAUUCCCCAGGUUUUAGGAUUUUGGUGCCGAUUAAUAUCUCAAGAGGAGGACGAAGGACAAGGAUCGGAGAGGCUUCCAUUCGCUUCCCUCGAAUCGUACCACAUCCCAUCCGGGUUUUAUUCUGGAAGAGUCCGGUUGCGAGAGGUAGAAGCCGAGGCCGAAACCUCCACUCAAGACUUCGUGUACCAACCUACUCCACCGGUCUGUAUUGAAGCUUUCAUCAAUGGAAACUCUCAGCCAGUUAAGUUGACACUAGGUGUUUUGUGA